CAGCACCAAGGAGAGCAGCCUCUACCCAUCCCUCCAUCCCUGAUAGAGCCCCCGAAAGAAAGGGGCUACAAGGAAGGAUCCUGGAGGGGGUGGUCUGCAAGGAUUCCCAUAAGGGAGAGAAGCCUGCAUGACUGAGGGUGGCGUGGAUCUGUCCUGUGGGGAGAGAGAGCUUGGAUGCGCUGUUGUGGAUGGAAUCAAGCUUCAUCCAGACGACCAUGGCUUUGGGAUUGCCAUCUAAAAAGGCAUCCUCUAGGAACAUUGCAGUGGAGAGGAAGAACCUUCUGACUGUGUGCAGGUUCUCAGUAAAGACUCUACUUGAAAAAUACACAGCUGAACCUAUAGAUGAUUCCUCAGAAGAAUUUGUGAACUUUGCUGCAAUUUUGGAACAUAUUCUGAGCCACCGUUUUAAGGGUCCCGUCAGCUGGUUUAGCACAGAUGGCCAAAGAGGGUUCUGGGAUUAUAUCCGCAUUGCCUGCAGCAAGGUUCCCAACAACUGCAUCAGCAGCAUUGAGAACAUGGAAAAUAUUAGUACUGCCAGGGCCAAGGGCCGGGCCUGGAUACGUCUGGCUCUUAUGGAGAAACGUUUGUCAGAAUACAUAGUGACCGCACUAAGAGACACAAGGACCACAAGACGGUUUUAUGAUGAUGGGGCCAUCUUGCUGCGUGAAGAAUCGUCAGUGCUCACGGGAAUGCUGAUAGGAUUGAGUGCUAUCGACUUCAGUUUUUGCCUGAAAGGCGAAGGCAUUGAUGGGAAAACGCCAGCUGUCAUAGACUACACCCCUUACCUUAAAUUCACUCAGAGUUAUGACUAUCUGAGUGAGGAGGAGGACAGAGAAAGUGUAGGGGGAAGCAGUAGCGAGGACAGCUCACCAGAACACCCCUACUUGCCGCUUCUCACCGAUGAAGAGAGCUGGUACAGCAAGUGGCGCAAGAUGGAGCAGAAGUUCCGUAUCGUCUAUGCACAAAAGGGGUAUCUGGAAGAGCUGGUCCGCCUGCGAGAGUCUCAGCUGAAGAACCUAGAAGCAGAAAAUAAGCGUCUUACUCAGAGGCUCAGCGAGCAGGGAGAGCAGGGCCUUCAAGAGAAGCACCAGCUGGAAGGAGUCAUCUUGGAGCUGCAGGAGCAACUCACUGGUCUCCUCCCUUCUGAAACUGUCCCCAUCAAAAAGUUCACCCCCAACCUCGGAGCCCCUCUGGGAAACCAGUGGCCGUCAUUGGGCACUCUUAAUGAUAAUGAGGCAUCCGUUAACCCCUCGCUGUACAGGAGACACAGCUACCUGAGCACAGAACAUCUAUCCGCGGAACUAAGUCUGAGCUCGGAGUCUCAGCGAGGAGAAGGGAAGCAGGACGCGGAGCCCUGGGGUCCUAUUGGGAAGGAUCCCACUCCCUCCAUGUUAGGCCUUUGUGGGUCUCUGGCUUCGAUACCUAGCUGUAAGUCCCUGCCUAGCCUGAAAUCCAACGAAUGCCUUGUGAGCAACAGCAGUGAGACCAGUCCAACGGGAAGCCCCAGCUGAGUCCACCAGGCCGAAACGCCACCCUUCCACCCUCAAACUAGGAGCCCAGGCUAACCCCCCCCACGGCUAUCACAUACCCCCUUCCCUCCUCCAAGAGGACAGUGGCUCGAUUGAGAUCUCCCAACGCAUCCCAACCGCUUCCAGAACCGGAGGAAAUCCUUUUUUUUGUUUUCAGGAAAGGUUUAAAGCAUCUGGAUUCCUCCAAUCUGCUGUCCAGAAGCUAAAACCUAAAACACCCAACAUGGUAAAUGGAGCACACCAGACGAUGGGGAGGACUGACAGGAUAAACACAGGGUCCCUUUAAAGAAGCACACGUUCAACCCUCAUCGGCCUAAAACGGAUCAUAAAACUGGGGACCCGUUAGAACAUCUGCUAAGAUCCUUCCCAUUAAUGGUGCUCUACUGCAGAGACAGCUUACAGGACUCGCGCUCCAGGCGACCGCUCCGGGACCCCUAAAACUCAUCCUCUCCCCCCCCUAGAACAACACAUUUGGAUCGUAACCAUUAUAAGUUUGCAUUGUGGCUCAGAUCGAGAAUUGUACUGAAUGUGGGAAAGCCGGACUCCCUCCAAACACGAGUCCGUUGUAUGUUGUGUGUCAGUCUGUGUGUAAGUGAAAUUUCUUCUGCAAAAGGAGGGUGCUCCGCCAUGCCUAUUAAACAUCUUACCCU